CACAUAUGUCGUACAAGUCGUUACUGACAGGAUAACAAAAUAUACAGCCCGACAUUCGUAUAAAACAAUUUCAAUGUUGUAGUAAGUCAAAAUCAUACAAGGCACACCUAACAAUAUUAUUGCUUUGUUGAAUUACUGAUGCAUUGUUGCCCCCACCGCUAACGUCAAUCAUAACGUAGUAGAACACCAUUUCACUUACCUUAUGUAUCACAACAUGUACGAAACGUUGCAACGGUAGGUGAUGACAUUUCGUCACAGGAAUGCAAAUGUUUAUAUUACUAUUGUCAAAUGCAUCGUAGACGCAAUUGAUUGAACAACAAAACCAUACACAUCGACAUAGAUUUAGAUCAGCCAUAAAGGUUAAUGGUUAUAGUCAGCCAUGCCCAUGGUCAAACAAAGCAUACCUAACAUAUCGUUGCUUUGUUAAGUUAUCAUUGCGUUGUUUACGUUCGAAUUCCCGCCCCUGCCCUUUACGUCAAUCAACAUUUGUUAGACUCAACUGUAGAACACGCUUUCAGGGACCGCGCCAUAGGCAAAUACACCACAUGCCCACCUGUCCAAGGGGAAAAUAACCCAAGCCUCACGUACAGACGACACUUUGAGGAUACCUGAGGACAUAGAGAACGAAAUAUCCAAGAUGGCGGAGGGCUGUUGUGCUUCUAUGAUCAAGAUCUUACUCUUUAUUUUCAACUUCGUCUUCUGGGUGACGGGAGCUGUACUGCUGGGAGUGGGGAUCUGGCUGCGUGUGGACCAGGAUGUGUCCAGGUUCGUGUCAGGUGACCUGAACAUGACCUGGUUCUACACGGCCUGUUACGUCAUGAUCGCCGCCGGAGCCAUCACCAUGGUGACGGGGUUCCUGGGAUGCUGCGGAGCCAUGAAGGAGAACAAAAUCAUGCUGAUGAUCUUUGCUGGCCUUUUGGGACUGCUCUUCCUCAUCGAGCUGAUCGCGGGGAUCCUGGGAGUGGUUUACCGGGACCAGGUAACGGCAUGGACGCGCAGCUCUCUUCUGGAAGCCCUUGGCACGGAGAAAAUUGAUGCUAAGAGUGACAGUUUCAAGGAGCUAGUGACAACUCUGCAGGGUGAGUACUCGUGCUGUGGCCUCGUCAACAACACCGACUGGCAAAACCCGUGUGUCCAGGACACGUGCCUGUGCAAAGUUGCCAACCAAUAUUGCCGAAAUUACAACCCAACUCCGCAGAGUUCAUGCAGUAUCUACAGGCCAUGCCUGUCUGAGUUUGAGAUCUUCCUGGAGAGAAACAUCAUCGUCGUUGGAGGGGUGGGGCUCGCCAUCGCCUUCAUACAGUUGGUCGGCAUUGUGUUCUCCGUCAUCUUGAUCAGGAACGUCAGUGGUGAAGAAAACAUCGCCUAGCCUUCAACACCGCCUCGUGCGACAGCCUUAGGAGUUGCAUCCACCACACCUGCCGACUGUAGAUAGAAACAAACGCUGUUUUGUACGAUGUGAUAUGACUGAAUGCAUAUUCGCUUAAACGCAGACAUGCUGUAAGCUAUAUGGAAAGGCAACUAAGUAUUAUCAGUAAACUGCACUUCGUAUGCAAAUCGCUAGACGGGACCUGCGUGCCCAGAUUGUUUGAACUUCAUGCAAUGCUACAGAACUGCUUUCUUAGUCUGUGUAACACAAACUCCGCUGUCCGGGCUGUAACUGGCCCCUCUCUGCAAAGGCCAGCAAUGUUGGGCGGGCUGUAUAGAAGCGUGAUUAAAUCAGGCUAACUGCUGUGAUAUUUUCUGAAAACAAAGCUAGAUCUAGUGAUGAAUGCACAUGCAAGUGACUUCAUUAACGCAAGAUUAUUAAAGAUUUACAUCUAGCGUGUUCACUAACCGAGUGAUAUCUAGAUUUUAUCCGCCGUUGUGAACAGAAGUUCUAAUCUGUGUACAACAAUCUUCUGCAAUAUUUUUUUCUUGCUUACCUACCGCCAGUCGGCUUUUCAAUUUCUAGAUCUUGCUAAAUAGCCGACAGCUCAACAGUUCAGGAGUGUAUCUAGUUCUCGAUUAAAAGAAUUUGAAAAUAGUCUGCUAUCUAGAAGGUUAUGUUUUCGAUAGCGUAUGCGUUUGUGUGUGUGUGUGGGGGGGGGGGGUGCGUUUAUCGAUGGAAAACAGAACUAUAGAAGGCCUGAAUGGAUUGUAUUAACAUUUGGUGUGUGAGUAGCUCUUAAUAAGACUUGAUAAGAAAUAUAAGAAAUGAUAAGAUGUUGCGCCUCCUAGCGGCUUACUAUGGUACUUAAGUGGGACUUGCGGUUGUGAUAUGACUACUGGACAUGAUUUGGUCUCGAUUUUUUAAUUUGUCUUGAAGAAGGAAGGAUAUUCUAGUUUUUCCUAACAAUUAUGCAAUUAUGGCACCGGCAACUAAUUCUACGUACGACGAAGUAGGGGACUGCUCCUAGCCUGGGUACCAUCCGAUUUCUACCGGGGCGUUACCCUAAAAGAUAUUUGUUUUAUGGUAGCGAGUGUAAGGAGCCCUGUAGAAAUCGGAUGGUACCCAGGCUAGACUGCUCCCACUGGAAUGAAACAAUUAAUUGACGCUUAAAAGUCGUUGCAGUUCUAUUUCACAUCGUUAGAGGCAUGUUUGAUACGCAGCUGCACCACGAGCCCGAUGUUUCUUCAUAUAAGUACUUAUUUCUUUUCAAGUGUUGCGUGUCAUUUCAACCGUUGAGUGAGCAAUUAAAAUAUA